AUGGACAGCUCAAGUGAGUUUUCCAGUGAAAGUGAUCCAUACCAUGACUCCGAUAAUUAUGAUAUGGACCCAGAUUAUGUAUUGGAAAGUGAGAGUGGCAACAAAAAUGGCAGAAAGUGUUUUAUUAAAUUAUUAAGUAAUGCCUAUUCUGUUACUGACCACGAUAAGGAACAAGAUGAAGAAAUAAAUAAAGCUAGUACGUCAGGUAUAAAUCAGACACCUAUCUCAAAGCAUGUUACUGCAGGCGACAACUCAAGCAGCUCAACUGAGGAAGAACAUUUUAAUUUGUCAUUCGGAUAUCCGCGUUCGGACACUUGUGCUACUUGUGACCUACUGAAAAUACAACUUGAUGCCGCUUCUACGGAUGAACUUAAGCAGCAACUAAAAGUUCAAAAAGAUGUUCAUCUUCGGAAAGCUCAAGCUUUAUACGACGAUUUGAAAGAAAAAACUGAAAUGGCACGAACUAACGAAACUGUGGAGACUAUUUGCUUCGAUUACCAGCAAAAUUUGCCUGUUCCGGUGUUGACUACAGAGGGAUAUAUUUUAUGCUAGGCAGAUUUGGGUAUAAAGCAGC